AUGCCUGCUUUUGAUCCUGUCCGAGAUGCAGUCUUGAAUUCGCCAGUGACUUCUACGAACCCUCUUCCUCCGCAACCACCAUCAUCUGCGACGAGCAGCCCCUCCCUGGGCCGUCGCGCGACUGACCUUUCAGUUUUGCUCAAUUCCGAGUCCCAGGAACCAACCGUGACUCUGCGCACGCCCCCUCUACCAAGACCAUCGUCGGGCCUCUCUCAUUUGUUGAAUGCUGACCCUGCACACGCCGUCGAUUUUGAGGACAAGUUAUCGGCUUUCCAGCCUUUGUCUCGGUCGACGAAUCUGAGCGUCGCGACCGCCACCUCAUCCCGCAACCCGCACAGUUCCUCGUCUACUUUCUCACGUCGUGGAAGUGACCCGCUAGCAGCGGCUCACCCUGCCCUAUCUUCACCUAGUUCAGCGACAAGUACCGGUACUAGUUCUGCUAGAAAUUUGUUCGGUGAUUCGCCCAUACGGGAGUCUCCAGUAUCCCCAUCAUUCCCUGCACAGACUCAGACGCCUUCAGCUUCUCUUCCACAGUGGUCGUCGAACCCUCCAACGAACAUGCCCCCUCCCCCCCAGCCGAAGCGAUCUAACGUUCCUUACAACCCACGCAACCGAAUCACACCGCCCGGUUCUGUGCUGGUACCGUUGUCACAGAGCGAGUUGGAGAUGUUUGCAGAAUUUCGUGGCGUAGGUACCUCCAGAUUGACGAAACGGAAACGCGGGCACAGUCCUGAGGGCGAGGGCGAGCCCCCAGCCAAGAAGCUGGGUGGUGACGUGGGAGUAGUAGUUGAGCAUUACAAUGCCAGGCCAGAAGUUGGCGUGGUGCAACGGCAAGAAUCACCAAUCAUCGGCUUGAAGAAUUUCAAUAACUGGGUCAAGUCGGUGCUAAUAACACGCUUUGCUCAUCCUGCACUGGCCGCCGGUGCGGGUUCCGCAUCUUCUAAUGGGCACGCUAGGGGGAGAUCUUCUGGUCGGACCUCUUCGGGGAAAGUUCUCGACAUGGGAUGUGGAAAGGGAGGCGACAUGACGAAGUGGGCCAAGGCACGUGUGAAGGAGCUGAUUGGUGUUGAUAUCGCGGCCGUAUCAGUUGACCAAGCACGAUCACGAUGGGAGUCACUCAGGGCCCCCAAGUUCGCUGCAACGUUUGCAGCGGUCGAUUGUUAUACAACUUCCCUCAGCAAGGUCAUACCUCCCGCCAGGCUUGCAGAGCCAUUCGAUGUGGUAUCAAUGCAGUUCUGUAUGCAUUACGCGUUUGAAAAUGUACAAAAGGCUCGGUGCAUGCUUGAGAAUGUCAGCCGAUGGCUUAGGCCUGGUGGUGUUUUCAUAGGCACAAUACCUAACGCCGAAUUGUUACUCUCACAGCUAGAUGCCAUACCUCCUUCACAAGAAGACCUGUCCUUCGGAAACUCGGUGUACAAAAUCUCUUUCGAGAGUCGGGACCGACGCCCUAUAUUUGGGCAUAAGUAUUGGUUCUUCCUGAAAGAUGCUGUAGAGAACGUUCCUGAAUACGUCGUCCAUUGGGAUAACUUUGUCCAAAUGGCUGCGGAGUAUCACUUGAACCUCUUGUACAUGAAGGAGUUCCACCAAGUCUUCGAGGAGCAUCAGGAACAUCCGGAGUUCAAGCCUCUCAUGCUGCGCAUGAAGGUAGUGGAUGACAAUGGAGAGAGCGCGAUGGACGAAGAUCAAUGGGAAGCAGCCAACAUCUAUAUCGCGUUUGCGUUUGAGAAACAGCGAUGA